AUGUGCGACGAAUGCGACAACCCUUGCCAGCCACCUCCUUCACCACCACCACCACCCGCUGCCACAAACUGCCCGCCACCACCUUCACCACAAAGUUCCAGUGGCAGUUCUCCUCCCUCCACGCCCUCUGUCCCUAACUUUCCCUACUACCACCCUUCACCACCAACUUCCGGCGGUGGUGGCUAUGGCUACCCAACUCCGCCUCCCCCUAAUCCAAUUCUCCCUUAUUUUCCGUUCUACUAUUAUAAUCCACCACCUUCUAUCCAGAAUUCAGUUUCCGGUCAGAUAAACGUCAACCCAUUUCAAAUUAUUUUCCCACUUUCUUUUAUUCUAUUCAUCUUCUUCUUUGAGAAAUGA